UAACCCUUUCAAAAGAAGAAAUGCUUCUUCUCCUCUGCUCCACCACCAUCACUAAUCCUCAUUACCCUUAAUCCCCUUUUUCUUCGUUAAUCUCCCGCCGGAAAUGCUCGUUUGGGAGCACACCCUUCUAGUACUAAUCUCAUCAAUCUCCUUAAUCUCCCUACUAAUCAUGUUCAUCUGCCGCUACUACUGCUUCAAACGCCCGGCCCGACCCGACUCCAUCCUCGACCCGGCCCCCCCCAGCCCGACCCUGCAAGACGGAAUCGCCAAGCUCCACCACCGCGCCGGCGACGAAUUUCUCGACAGCAAGAGGAGGGGGAACUACUACGCCUUCAAGCGCGGGCCUUCCGCCCGGCCGCUGUUCAAUUGGGCCGAUCACCCUUCCUUAAUCACCGACGCCGUCGAGAACGGAUGGACCCGAUUCGGCUUCGUCGCCGCACAACCGACGGCCGUUUCCGGCUCCGUCAGAAACUCGAUGCUCCUCGGCCUCUGCGCCGCCUCGGGAGAUAAUUAUCAUUACCCGCCGCCGGAGAUGAGCUGGGAGGUGAGCCAGGCGUCAUCGGAUUUCAUGCAGAGGAUCCGCCUGAAUCCCGGGUUGAAGCGGGUCGCCGCCGUCGGCAACCCGUCGACGACGGCGGCUUCCGUGAUCAGAACGGCUCUGCCUCUGCCGGGUCCGUCCCCGGCGUUUCCGCAGGAAGCCUACUUCGAGGUAACAAUUUCGUACUCCCGCGGCGGCAGCGGGGGAGGGGAGGAGCAGAGUCAGAGGAGCCGGUCGUCGUCGGCGGCGGGGAAGGGGGAUGGUGGCGGGGAAGGGGAGAAGAUUAAAUUGAUUCGGGAAAUUCCGAAUCCGAAUUCGAAUUCGGCGGCUUUGCUCCACGUCAGCAGCAGCCAGAGGAUUAAUAGGAUUGAGGAGCUGAGGGUUUCCUCCGGUGGGAAGGAUGAGAACAGGGGCGACGGUGUUGCGGUGGCGGUGGGGCUCUCUGUUGGCGGCGGUUUCCCUCCUUUUAAGCUCCCCGGUAGCUACCAUGGCUCCAUCGGCUUCAACUCCAACGGCUCCGUCUAUCUUGAUGGUCUGAAGCUAGCAUUCGAAACAGAGCCAUCAUCAUCAUCGGAGUGGGCAAGAUCCGACAACAGAGUGAUCGGGUGCGGGUACGACCCGAGGCAGAAAAAGGUGUUCUUCACGGUGGACGGCGACCUGGUCCACGUCAUCCACUGCAAGGCGGACGAGUUCGGGACGCCGCUGUACCCGACGAUUGCCGCCAACAGCGACGCGGUGGCGGUGGUGAACCUGGGGCAGAGCGCGUUCAGCUACGCGCCGGCGAACGCCCAGAGGACUCCGAACCCUUGCUUCGUCGGCGGGAUGCAGGGGAAGUCCCCCGGUGGUGGUGCUCUCGGGUACGAGGACAGCAGGGAGCUGUUUUCGAUGGGGAGGAUCGAUUCGCAGUGGCUCGACAGGAGCGGGUCGAGGUAUUCGUACAGCAAUGGCGGCGGCGGAGGUAAGGGUGACGUGCCGGCGGCGGAAAGGGAGGAGGACUCGGAGGCGGAUUUGUUCGAGAUUGUGUUGGAGGGUGACGGUGGGGAAUCUCCCAACUCUGUGUUGUAGUAGUUGUUGCUUGAUGUUUUUGAGUACAUAGGGAAAUUUUAUAAUUGUGGGGAUCGAGAUCGAAAAUGUUUCUGUAAAGAUUGAUAGAGAAAUUGUUUAUAAGUGAGUUAUAAUGGUGAAAUUUGAUUUGAUGGAGUUGAGGAUUGAAUUCGAAACUUACCGAUUUAAAAGUCAAUUAACUUAUGGUUCUGUAAACAUUGAUAGAGAAAUUGUUCAUAAGUGAGUUACAAUGGUGAAAUUUGAUUUGAUGGAGUUGAGGAUUGAAUUCGAGACUUACCGAUUUAAAAGUCAAUUAACU